AAAAAUACAGAGCCAAUGACGGAGGAAGAAAUAUACAGAGAGAUCAGAUUACGAAGAGAAAGUAAAAAGGCAGAAGAAGAAACAGGUCGAGGAGUAGGCGGACCAGGAGGAGGAGGAGGAGGAGGAGGAGGAGGAGGAGAAGCCGAGGUGGAGCACAGCUGGGUCAGGGUCGGCCAGACAGCGCCCGACUUUUGCUGCCUCCGCACUCGGUCUUCGACGAAGGUCAGGUCAGUGAUGGCGAAGGUGUCAGGAGUGGAAGGGCGAAUUGGCAAAAUGCUCCUGCUGGCUGCGCUGACGGUAGUCCUCGCGCUCGCCGGCGAAGGGGACGCUCAUAUCAGCCGCUGCUUUAAGAAGGAACUGCCAGAGGCGCCCGAACCCGAGCUCUCGAGCAGCGUGGCGCGGUUCAGCCUCCAGCUCUUCAGGAAUUUGGCUGAGAAAGCGCAGGCGCAGGAGGAGAGCCUCUUCGUGUCCCCGUACAGCGUGUGGAGCUCCCUCUGCCUCGCCUACCUCGGCUCCAGCGGCCAGACCAAGCGGGAGCUCGCCGACGUCCUCGGGAUCAGCAACAAGAAGACCGCCUACGUCAACUGGAAGUUCUUGGACGAAACGCUGGGAGGCGAAACAAGCCGCCAAACGGGAGCGACCUUCGUCACCAUGAACAAGGGCUACUUCUCCGACGCUCUGCAGCUGGAGUCCUGCCUGCAGAAGUCGCUCCCGGAGCUCGAGGUCCUCGACUUCACGAACGCUUCUCAGACCGCUUCGGUGGUCAACGGAGAUGUCGAGGCGACCACGCAGGGCAAGAUCAAGGACUUCCUUGACCCGGCGCUCCUGUCGAGGGCCAAAUUUAUCCUCCUGAAUGCUAUCUUCUUCAAGGGCGAGUGGGAGUACAAGUUCGAGCCCCGAGACACCGCCCCGAGGCCCUUCCGCAUGAGCCCGGGAAGAGAGGUCGGCCCGAUACCCAUGAUGACGCAGACGGGCGAGUUCAACUACGCCAUCAACACCCCUCUGAACGCCACGGUGUUGGAGCUGCCUUACGCGGCUUCCGACUACUCCAUGUACCUGCUGCUGCCGAACUCUGAGGACGAAGGCAUAGCGGAAGUCAUCAGUAAUCUCUCCAAGAGGAACCUGAACACCACGCUCAGCUUACUUCAGGCUGCGUCCGUCAGGGUCCAGAUGCCCAAGUUCAGCCUCAACACCAAGAUCAAGAAUACGCUCAUGUCGACGCUUCUGGACAUGGGGAUCAAGGACCUUUUCUCCCAGCAAGCGGACCUCUCAGGAUUCUCGGUCUCGCAGUCUCUCUCUGUGGACGAGACGGUGCACGAGGCCACCGUGGAGGUCACCGAGGAAGGCACGGUGGCGGCGGCUGCAACAGGUCUGCUUGGCAUCCGCGUGGUCCCCCGCCAGUUCGUGCUUGACCGGCCCUUCGUCUUCCUCAUCAUGAACAGAGCCGUGGACCUUCCUGUCAUGGCGGGCGUCUUCAUCAAGCCGCCCGUAUCGUGAUCGUCUUUUGUUUUGUUUUGUUUUUCGGGCGCGGAAUGUCGUCUACCUGGACCGCGAAGUGAUAUAUUCAUUCUAAAGCUGCUUCGAUAUUUUAUCACGCUAUUAGAGUUGGACUAUUUAAUUUAUUUCUGCAGUAUGGCAUGGUGACACUUCGUUGAAAAGGCAAUGAUGUGGCGGAAUGCAAGGUCAUAGUUUAGAGCUUUAUGUUUAAUUUGCAUAGCACAUAUACCGGUUACAACUCUGAGAGCAGUUCAUGAACAAAUUGAAAGUCGUUAUACUUCCUGUGGUGAUUUCACAGCUGAUGACCAAUGUCCCUCCAGCGUGAGAGCGGACCAAAAAUAGUUUAAACUAGAAACACUCACAGAGCGCAUACCUCCGCCAAGGCAGUAGGGGUGACUAUUGCCAUCAUUUUAAAAAUCAGAUGGCAUCUAAUUUAGGCUAAGACAAGCCUCUGACAAAAAGUUCAUAACAAAUCGGUUUAAAACUUUUCGAGUUAUCCUGCAAGAAGCAAUCAGAGUGCAUGCUUCCAAAAAGGCAAUAAGGGUAACGCAAUAAUUAAAAAAAAAAAAAAAAAAAAAAA